GCCAUUUGAUCUUUGGGUUUGAUUCAUCGUACGUACUUUGCAAAUAUUGUUACAGUUCUUGUUCUUAAUCGUUUACCAGAAAAAAGAGAAAGACAUGAAGUCUUAUAAGGGAAACGUGAAGAAGAAAGGAACGAAUUCUGGGUUAGUCGCCGUGGCGAUCGACAACGACAAAGGAAGCCAGCAUGCACUCAAGUGGACUGCCGAUAAUCUUGUCUCCAAAGGACAGACUAUCAUUCUCAUCCAUGUUGUUCUCAAAUCUUCUGUCUCGGGCGAAAGUAAUACGGAAAAACAGCGAAUCGAGAAGCAGACCAAAGAUCUGUUCAUGACUUUCCGCUGCUACUGCACUCGCAAAGAGAUACAUUGUCUAGAUGUCACGCUAGAAGACGACAAUGUCGUGAAAGCGUUAACCGAAUACACUUCCUUUGCCGUGAUCGAGACUUUGGUUCUUGGUGCAACUUCAAGGCAUGGAUUCAUGAGAAAAUUCAAGAUGUCUGAUACUCCGAGCAGUGUGUCGAAAGGGGCACCAGAUUUCUGCACAGUUUACGUCAUCUCAAAAGGGAAGGUGUCGUCCCUGAGGCACGCCUCACGUUUAGCGCCAUAUGCGUCGCCAAUCAUGACAGAAGUCGAGAACCAAUCCGCGAUUUCUUCCUACGAAAAAUUCAAGAACAGCAUGAGCUUCAAAGCAGAUCGAGCCCUGAUGAAGCCUUCACCUACUAGCUCGGUUGAAGAUUACGCAAAGUCGCCUUUCGCGAGGAGAUCGAACUUUGUAAACUCGUUUUACGAUUUUUCGGACUCGGAAGCCGACAUAUCCUUUGUGAGUUCAGGUAGGCCAAGCAUGAGCAGUAGACCAAGUACAAGCACUACGGGAAGAACUGAUAUGUCUUUCAUGAGCUCGGGAAGGCCGAGCACAAGCACUACCGGAAGUUCAUUCAUCUGUGAGUUUCCUGAAUCGGGUCUCACCCCGAGAUUGUCGACGAACUCUGGACAAAGCAUUGGCUCUCUACGUCUCGGGAUCAGGUUUAACAACAACGGCCUCCCCCAUGAUUUUUCGUUCGUCUCUCAAGACAGUGCUCGCACAUCAUGCUCACAAAGUUUGGAAGAGGUUGAAGUUGAGAUGAGGAGAUUGAAACAGGAGCUGAAGCAUACUAUCGAUAUGUACGGAACGGCUUGCAGAGAAGCACUCGCAGCAAAACAAGAGGCAAAGCAGCUUCAACGUCAGAAAACCGAAGAGGAAGGAAAGUUUCAAGAUGAGCAAAUAUCGGAGAAAGCUACAAAGUCAUUAAUGGAGAAAGAGAGAGCAAACAAGGUGGCGGCAGAGGCUACUCAGACGGCUAACAGAAUCGUAGAGCUCGAGACGCAAAGAAGAACGAUCGAACAUUCCAAUUCUUUAGAAGAUUCUAUGAUGGUUAUGAGUUCUUUCUCCAGUACCGAUGCAAGAUAUCGAAGGUAUACGAUCGGUGAGAUCGAAGUAGCUACAGAUUCAUUCGAGAAAUCCAACAAGAUCGGCGAAGGAGGAUACGGUCCAGUUUUCAAGGGCUUUAUAGAUCAUACGGCGGUUGCUGUCAAAGUUUUGCGCCCGGAUGCAGCUCAAGGAAGAUCUCAGUUUCAAAGAGAGGUCGAAGUUCUUAGCUGCAUUCGACAUCCGAACAUGGUUCUACUCAUCGGAGCAUGUCCUGAGUACGGAGUGCUUGUAUACGAGUAUAUGGCGAAAGGAAGUUUAGCUGAUCGACUCUAUCGACAUUCUAACACGCCAGCGCUCUCAUGGCAGCUCAGGUUCAGAAUUGCGGCCGAAGUUGCGACGGGUCUGCUCUUCCUCCACCAGACGAAACCUGAGCCGAUAGUUCACCGUGACCUGAAACCAGGAAACAUUUUGCUUGACCAGAACUACGUCAGCAAAAUCGGCGACGUUGGAUUGGCACGGCUAGUUCCUGCAGUGGCCGAGAAUGUCACACAGUGUCAUGUCACAUCAACUGCCGGCACUUUCUUCUACAUCGACCCAGAGUAUCAGCAAACAGGAAUGCUCGGUGUGAAAUCGGAUGUUUACUCCUUCGGGAUCUUGCUUCUCGAGCUUCUGACAGCGAAAAGACCGACUGGUUUGGCCUAUAACGUCGAGCAAGCGAUCGAGCAAGGCGUGUUUAAGGAGAUGCUAGACCCUGUAGUGCCUGAUUGGCCGGUAGAAGAAGCCUUAUCUCUGGCCAAACUCGCGCUCCAUUGUGCAGAACUGAGACGAAAAGACCGACCAGAUCUCGGAAAUGUCGUCUUGCCGGAACUCAACAGACUCAGAGCUAUUGCCGACGAGAGUAUGGAUAACUUGAUGUUCGGCCACAGAAGCAGAGGCCCCUCCCCCAGUCCGAGCCAAGUUUUCGCGCAAGCAACGGAUGUGAAUUCAGAGAGCUCGAAGACGAUGUCAAGCACUUCAUCUGACAUUGAAAUAUGCUCAGACCAAACUGAAGAGGGCUAAAGAAGAGGGUUCUGACAGGUUUCUUGUCAGACAAGAAAAGAACUCUGAAUAAACCUACUUUGGGUCCCAAGCAACUUAGAACAGACAGUCAGAUUCCGAAUGAGAUUAAAUAUCCACUUUUUUUAUGUAUACUUUUUUUUGUUAACUUGGAAGUUUAUCGAAAGUUCGGCUCAAUUAAAUCUCUUAAAACU